AUGAAACACUGUUGGCUAAAUCCCCAGGAGUCAGUGGAGAAGUGCCAGACUCAGCUAUUCGAGGCACAGAAUCUGAAUGUCCAGCAGCAGAUUAUCCUGGAGAACGAGAGGAGGACUUCCAGGCAGAUGGUGCAGGAGGUUCAGGCAGCUGUGGAGGUGAUUGGACGUCUGGAGGAUGAGAAGAUCAGAGGGCAGACUGAAAGGGCUCGACUGGAGAUCAAUUGGGACACGUCACAGGCUGAGAGGAGUUUUCUGAUGGACCAGGCGAGGACUUUGAAGCUGGAGAAUGUGGCGCUGAAGCGGAGGACUGAGCUCCUGGAGGGAAAACUCCAGGAGGGACACCUGAGGGAGAAGAAGAUCGAGGGAAAGGUCGAGGAUCUCAAGCACCAGGUCACUGCCCUACAGGCUGUCAUUAAAAAUAAUAUUGAAAAAUUGAAGAAAGAACAAACGCAAUUGUUCGAAUUCUUCCAAAAUCUCGGGGAGAUGAAUUCAAAGGUUGAGAGGAUCAGUCGAUCCAUCCUAAUGAACACCAGGAAAGUCAAGGACGAGAGUCAGGAGCUGAAGGAGAAGCUGGAGAUGACGGAGAUGCUGCAGGUGCCCCUGGAGACCCCUCCCAAUAUUUCCAAUACCUCAAAUGAACUGAUAGAAUUCUCCGAAAAAUUCCGUGUGAAUCAGGAAAUAGAUGACAGACUCACGGAGCUCUGCGCCAGGAUAUCCUCCACUUGUCUCCAGACCCAUCAGACCCCAUAGACAAAGACAGAUGUGGUAAUGAUGAA